GUCGGACUCGGCUACGCUGUUGGUGUAAAUGGGUUAACCCACAUUUCACAGCAAGUGUUCAUGGCCUAGAUCACAAUCGGGACUAAACCAAGAUUUCAUGCUGCGUGGACUGGUAACCAAGGUUCCUGCAGUGCAAAUGGCUCCCCUGCUGUUGCUCCUCUAUCUUCCCAUUGCCCUCUGUUGCGAACAGGCCCCCGGCACCGAGUGCGAAAAGCUUCCUUUCGUACCCGGGCAUAAUUUAGUGGGAGAAGGCUUUGACAUUGUGCGAAUGAAGACCACCGGAGCUUUCGUGGUGGAUGUGCGGACGUACAUGAGCGGAGGAGAGCAUGGCAACUGCACUCUGUGUGAUAACAAAUUGCUCAACGAGAAGCAGAAGUUGCCCGCUUCUGUGGUUGACUGGCGUAUCAAGGUGCAGUGCCGCCGCAGCCUCAGCGCCAAGACGUAUGAAUCGGCCAGCUCAGUUCUUCAGGACACCACAACUUCAGCCAGUGCUAGCUGGAAGGUCGGGCUAAGUGUGCCAAUGGUGGCUGGUGUGGCUGUUGGUGGGACUCAUUCGCGUUCAGCUAGGUUUGCCAAAAGCCACGCGUCUCAAGACAAGUACUCCUUCACAAGCCACACCUUCUCCUGUCGCUACUACUCAUUUCGUGUUCAUGCUCAUCCUCCACUGACCAAAGAAUUUAUGGGCUCCAUCACUUCACUCCCUGCUAAAUUCGACAGCUCGUCAGAAAGCGCGUACAACCAUUUCAUCUCGAUCUACGGGACGCACUUCUUACGAAGAGUCGACCUAGGCGGCCGUGUGCAUUCAACCACCGCUGUGAAGACCUGCCAGGUUUCCAUGAGUGGUCUGUCGGUUCACGACGUGAGCAACUGCUUAUCGGCGGAGGCGGCCGCCGUCAUCAAGGGCGUGAAGGUGAGUGGGCAAGCAAGCUACUGCAAAGGCAAACAGCAGAAGCUAGAGAGGGGCAACAGCUUCAGCGCCUCCUUCUCCGACCGAACCACUGAAAUACUGGGCGGCAACGGUGAGCAGCAAGACAUCCUCUUCAGUCCAAGCAACGUUAGUGGUUAUGGCGUGUGGCUCAGGUCACUGAAGAAAAUCCCUGGAGUGGUUUCAUACACCUUGAGCUCGUUGCAUAUGCUGGUAAGAAACGACCCGGCUAGACGUGCCAGUCUUCAAGCGGCCAUCAGCAAGUACAUCACAAAAAGCGCCAUAUCUACUGCUUGCCCCUCCAAAUGCAAAUUGGGACAUCGUAGCAAUAGCUGCGCUUGCAAAUGCAACGGUCAUCAAAGUGUUGAUAGCAACUGCUGCCCGAGUAAGCCAGGAGUGGCCACGUUGACCGUGAUCGUGUUGAACGGCAAGGGAUUAUGGGGAGACGUGUUCUCUAAAACCGACGGUUAUGUUAAGGUCUUCUAUGGAAACCAAGCACAUGAGACCCCUGUGAUUUGGAACAACAACUUCCCUCAGUGGAACCACAACAUCAAUUUUCAAACUGUGGAUCUGACUCAAAGAACGCCCUUGCGAUUUGAGGUGUGGGACCGUGACAACCGGUUUGAUGAUGAUCUAUUGGGAAAAGGUGAAGUUAUCCCAACACACGGAGCCAAACAAGAAAAAUCGUUUAAGUUAAAGCACGGCUCUUUUUCGAUUUCCUACACUGCAAUGUGUGGGCCGAGUCUUACAGGGUCUUUCUGUGAGAAAUAUGCUCCUACGCCGGGCGGUGAUGGUAUUUUAAGCUAUUACCAGCCCUUUGGUGGAGAACAGCCCACUUUGUUUAAAAAAUCCAAGGGUUUUGGAGGAAAUUUGUCUUUCCUGUAAUAAUACAACAACUGCAGACGUUCUAAUAUAAGCUAUUUGAGAUUUUUGCAAAGAUUGAAAACUGUUAUUGUAAAUCAAAUAUCAUUGACUUAUUUCUAGAAAAAUUUACAAAACUUGUUUUAAUAGAGCAAGAACGGUAAAAUUCUGAAAUAUUUUUACUUUUUAAAAUAACUGUUUUCUAUUUGAAUAUAUUUUAAAAUAUAAUUUAUUCCUGUGAUUUCAAAGCUGAAUUUUUAGCAUCAUUACUCCAGUCACAUGAUCCUUCAGAAAUCAUUCUAAUAUGGUGAUUUGCUGCUCAGAAAACAGUUAUUAUUAUUAUGUUGAAAACAGCCGAGUAGAAUUUUUUCAGGUUACUCUGAUGAAUAGAAAGUUCAGAAGAACAGCAUUUAUCUGAAAUAGAAAUAUUUUGUAACAUUAUAAAUGUCUUUAUAAUCAUUUUUGAUCAAUUUAAAGCAUUCUUGCUAAAGAAAAGUAUUAAUUUCUAUAAUUUCUUUCCAAAAAUAAACAAUUAUACUGACUCCAAGCUUCUGAAUGGUAUAGCGUGUAAUGUUACAAAAACUUUUUAUUUCAGAUAAAUGCUGACCUUUCUAUUCAUCAGAGAAUCCUGGAAAAAAAAACCAUACUCAGCUGUUUUAAAUAUUGAUAAUAAUAAUAAUAAUAUUAAUAAUAAAUGUUUCUUGAACAGCAAAUCAGCAUAUUAGCAUGAUUUCUGAAGGAUCAUGCGACACUGAAGA